GUGUUCCGAGAACCACGGCGGAGUGGUCUAGCAGACCAGGUGUUGGCGGACUAUGCCGAGUGUAUCAAGCGCUGCAGUUCCUGGCCUGGCUCACUGACAGGGGCCCUCUUGCUGUGUGUGGUCGGGGGCAAGAUGAGUGAGGGAAUCAACUUCUCUGAUGAUCUGGGCAGGUGUGUGGUGAUGGUAGGACUGCCGUACCCCAACAUACAGUCUCCUGAGCUCAAGGAGAAAAUGAGUUAUCUCAACGCCAACUUUCCUCGUGACCCGGCCGGCAGACAGGCAGGUCAAGUCCACUACGAGAACUUGUGUAUGAAAGCCGUCAACCAGUCCAUAGGCCGUGCCAUCCGUCACCGUGAAGACUAUGCCGCCAUCUUGCUCUUGGAUCAGCGCUACCUCAAAGUCAACGUGAGCUCCAAACUGCCCACCUGGAUCAGUCAGCACCUGAAGCGAGCCGAGAAGUUCGCCACUCUAAUGCAAGCCGUGCCUAAGUUUUUCUCUAGUCACAAGGGAAAAUCUUGAGCUGUCUUCUCGUCAUUGGCUGAACUAGAAAUGUGCUGGGCUGGUCUCAAUGACAUCACUGGCUGAACUGUGCGGGUCUCGAUCAAUGACAUCACUGGCUGAACUGUGCGGGUCUAAAUGACAUCACUGGCUGAACUGUGCUGGUCUCAAUGACGUCACUGGCUGAACUGUGCGGGUCUCGAUCAAUGACGUCACUGGCGGAACUGUGCUGGUCUCAAUGACGUCACUGGCUGAACUGUGCGGGUCUCAAUGACAUCACUGGCUGAACUGUGCGGGUCUCAAUGACGUCACUGGCUGAACUGUGCGGGUCUCGAUCAAUGACGUCACUGGCUGAACUGUGUGAGUGCCUCCAGAGUCUGAGUGGGACACAAACCUCACACUUGUGGAGAGAGAGAGAGACAGUCGGUGUUUAGAGAGAGAUAGUAGGUGCGUUUGGAGACAGGCAGACAGACAGUAGGUGUGUUUGGAGAGAGAGAGAGAGACAGUGGGUGUGUUUGGAGAGAGAGAGA